UCGGUGUUUUCUGUUCACCUGCGGAUAAUCUAUUUUACAUCUACAUCUUCAUUCAUGAUGGAUACUAAAUUCUUUUUCCUCAUUUCUAUUUUUGGAGCCUGUUUUGUGCAUUCACAGUAUCUAUCGCCCGGUGCCGUGGAGUACUACUGCGGGAACAAACCAGCAGAUGUUGCCUUCCUUAUCGAUUCAUCCAAUAGUAUAUGGGGCCCUGACUUUCACAAACAGGUCAACUUCAUCAACGAGGUCGUCGAUAUGUUCCAAAUCGGUCAAAAUAGAACAAGAAUCUCUCUUGCUACAUACAGCACUAACGUCCACGUGGAAUUUCACCUAAACGAAAAUUAUGAGCGACAAUCCCUACGACAAGCUCUGUCUGGCGUCCGCCAGAGAAGGGGCUUCAUCACAAACACUAAAUUAGCCAUCUGGACCAUGAGGAAAAAGAUGUUUAGUGAACACAACGGCGCAAGACCCGGAGUGGUCAAGGUGGCUGUAGUACUGACCGAUGGUCAAUCUAACAGUGUUAUCCGGACUGUCUGGGAAGCGAUGAAAGCUCGUCGAGAGGGAAUCCAUAUGUUUGCUAUUGGAAUCGGUGCCUAUAUUAACAGGCGGGAAUUGAGAGGAAUAGCAAGCAAGCCUGUCAACGAUUAUAUGUUUGAAGUGAGCAAUUUUGGAGCACUCGAAUCCAUCAAGAACAUUCUGGCUAUUAAAACAUGCGUUGUAACCCCUCGUCCAACGACCACACGUCGGCCGACGACCACGACGACAACCACCCCUAUGCCGACCACAACCACCACGACGCCCACUACAACAACGACCACGCCCACUACUACUACCACGUCCAUGUUCGAAUUGGCUCGUAGUGUGUGUUCGGAUAGACAGACAGACAUCGUGUUUGCCUUUGAUUCUUCCAACAAUGUUCGGACUAACGAAUUUUAUCAGCAAGUUGACUUUGCAAAGAAAAUGAUUGAGCUGAUGUCCAUUUCCGCUGAAACAACUCGAGUCGCUUCAUUUCUAUAUAGCGACCAAAUUCAACGCAUAUUUGAACUCGAUGAUUUUGACAAUGCAGACAGCAUGAAAGAAUCUUUAAAUAAAGUGAGUAAAUCCGCAGGACGAUCUCGAAUGAGCGAGGCGAUCAGAUAUGUCCGAACAAAGACUUUCCGAAGGAGUGUGGCCAGAGACGACGCCUCCCAGGUAGCAAUUAUAAUAACCGGAAGUCCGGCGAUGUAUCUCCACCGAACCAAGGUCGAGGCUUCCAAAGCACGCGAGGCUGGAAUCACUCUGAUUCCUAUAGGCAUCGGCGAUGUCAACAUUGACGAACUUAGAGCUAUAUCUGGUGCACAAGGAGAUGGACUUUACUAUGAACUUCCUUCCUUCAAUGACAUCGGAAGUGUUCUAGCCCAACUCGCCAUCCAGUCCUGCCAAGUGCCCGAGCCAGUCAUCUCCAUAUCAGAUCAAUCAUGUGGGUCACGUCAGGCAGCGGAUCUCAUGUUCAUUCUGGAUAGCAUGAACGCUGGAAAGAAAAACACGAAACGCGCUCUUGCCUUUAUCCGCUCACUGAUUAGUGAAAUAGACAUUGACACAGACAAGAUUCAGGUCGGUCUGAUGUCAGCCGAAUGCCAGGACGACGAGACAGGAUUCGCUCUUGGUGAAAGGCAGCAGAAGGACGGUGUGUUGGAAUCUUUAUCAAACAUACGUGGAACAGAUAUUUCACAAAUCCUGAAGCAAAUGCGACGCGGGGCUUUCAGCCCUGACAACGGAGGACGAAAAGAUGUCCGCAAAAUUGCGGUACUGAUCAUCGACGGAAAACUGGAAGAGCCCAUCCGAGCAUUAACUGAAGCACAGCGCGCAAGAAUACAUGGGAUUGAAGUGUUCGUAAUACAGGUCGGGGAGGAUGAAGAAUCAUCAACGGAAGCUAGGAUGAUGAGUGAUGCACCGACCACACAACACUAUUUCCAAGUGCCUGAUUACGCAGCACUGAUGGAAUUAAAAGAUGCUUUUUGGGCAGCUCUUUGUGAUGAAUUAUGAGAGUGUCUUUAAGUGACCUUGACCGACUUUGAAGCUUUAUUUGUGAUGGGACCAAUAAAAGAAUGUCACGUGAUUGUGCGGCUGGCCUCUAAGACAGAAUAUGCGUAUAUUGUGCGGAGUGAUCUCAGAACAUUGGUAAAGAUUUCAGAACGAUUUUUUAAAGUUUUGGUAUAAAAAUACAUUGCUCACCAAAACUUUAAACAGAGGGACUAUGUAAACAAGAGACAAUUCUCAGUGUAAUCGUAUUGUUUACCAACAAUCAGUGAAAAAACACUCGGUAAACAAUAACUAUUCCAUAUCAUUUUCGCUAUCGAUUGCUUUCCGGUGAUACGCAUGUGCAAUAUUUACAAAAUGUGUCAUGUGGCAUAAGUCAUUUGUCAUGUUAUCAUAUCAAACCGUGCUCUUAUCUUUAAGCCGCUGACAAAGCUUGAGGACAAUGUCACGUGGUAUAAGACUCGUGGUCUUUCCUCAAUGUCCUGCAAUGUGUCCCUAAUUUCAGUAGACCAAUAUUUGUGGUUUAGAUUACGUUGGCCAGUUCUUAGAUAUUCUUCGAAAGACAUUUUUGUCUUACGAAUACAAUUCAUUUUUAUCUACAGUAAUUUAAUUUUAUUAUCCUAUUCCGCAUAAUAUUCAAUAUUGAAUAAUAAUGUAGAGUAACAACAUUGAAGAACUAUGAAUAUUACUUACACGUAUGACUUAGUUUAUGGAAAAUGGUUUGCAUAAACAUAGAUUUGCGAUUUUUAUUUCAAGAACUUACGACUGCAAAAUGAACAUUAAAAGAACUGUUUUAAUUAAUUGGAGAACAUUGACUACAAUACCAUGAAUUUAUGCGAAUAGUGCAUCUACCUCGCAAAAUAUUGUGAAUUAAAGCGUGCGCGCAGUUGAUAAAAGUAAGUUUGGGAUGCAAAGCAAUUGUUCGAUUUACAAGUCUGACACAACGAUAGACCUACUUGUUUGAAUAUUUAUAGAAAACAAAUGUGAACUUAUAAACGUUAAUUCGAUAAUGCGUUACCUCUGUCCGGUAUUGAAUCAAUGUUAACCAAUCGUAACACCGUUUAGCCGUGUUCUCGCUUCUUGUUUAAAAUCCUCGUCAGCUUGACGUGAAAUGGAUGGAUAAUUCGUCUUAAUGUUUUUUUUUUCAAAAAUUAUCUUAAAAUAUAAGUAUAAUUACUUGAAACAAUUCAUAAAUGUUUUGAAUUUCAUGUUGACGAUGAAUCGCAGAGUGAACUAUAAUUUAUAAGGAUUUAUAAGAAUUAUCUAGCCCUUACCAUGCAGUGUUAAUAUUUUUGUGAGAUGUGAACGUGUGUGGUAUUGCAUUGCAUUCAAUACGUGCUGAAUAACCCUUACCAAAUACAUGGUACAAGAUGUCGUGUGCAGAUUUUUUGUGUCUGUAUAAAGUUCUUUGUUUGAAGUUGAUUUUGAAAAGAACAGUCAUCUAUGGGAAAAACCACAGAAUUCACAACCGACUCCGAACUUAGUUAUGACAGGAGUUGGCAAGCCCCAGUGUGAUACACAUCUUCUGUUUUAGAAAUUGUUCUAUCAUAUAUAACUAUUUAUUUAAACAGGCGGUUACUGGUAACGAUAUAGCUAUGUAGCGUGCAAAUUUGUUACAAAAAUGUUUUAAUAGAUUGGCCGCUUGUAACAAAUUUGCAAGAUAUAACAACACGUUUUAAGAAAGUGUCAUUUUAACAAAGUGUCACGUUUUAUAAAGUGUCACAUUUUAACAAAGUGUCACGUUUUAACACAUUGCUGUAUAUAUAAGUACAUCUACCUUACCACUAUCAAUAAAAAAGAAGGGUUGUCGUUGAUAUGCUUAGUGAACAUAUAUCACAGAAAGAAGAAAAGAAGGAAAACAAGUGCAGAGGGAAGUGAUGGUCAGUUGAAAGGAUUCUUGUGUGAGAAAAAAUUAUAUUUGUUUGCAUUUGUAUGAUAAAUGGUUGGUCGCUUAAAAGCAUGGUGAAAAAACCAAACCGCGUAAUCUUGCCCGAACCUCUCUCGAAACAAAUAUUGAGAUUUUGUUCACAUGUUUAUAGAUCAUUAAUGCUAUUGAAAAAAUGAAAAUUUGAAAAGACUUCGGUACGAAAGUAUAAUGACGAACAUCCAUGUUAAAUAUGUAAUGAGAAAAAAAAAUCUUUUUUUUUUUCGAGAAUUCGGGAUCUAGUGUGCAGAAAUCAAAGCGAUUUCCUGUUAAAACUAUUGUCUUUCAGUACAUUGAUAUUCCAAACUUCGUUAGACGAUACUCACUAGACACAGCAACUAGAGUGAGUUCGGAGAAAGAUUAUUUCACUCUAGAUUUAAGAUCGGAGUGAAUAAAGUUUCACUCAAAUAAGAGAAUCUGCAUCCUAGUCGUUCAAAGACUAACACAAUAAAACAAUACCAAACAAAUCAUUCAGUGCUUAAGUUUCAAAGUGAAGAUUUCCAUUGUUGUGUCCGUUGGGCAUCGUCUACGGGAAGUGACGUCACAUCUCGUCCUAUCAUCUGUAAAUAACCAUCGUAAUUAACCUUGUUAACUAUUGUAUUAUUUAUGAUGUAUUUUAACGUGUGUAACAUAUGAAAUCCACUUGUUAAAUUGUGACUAUCGACACUGGCUCGAUCACGUGAUAUUCCGUUCAGCUCAUUAAACAUUUUAUUCAAUUUUUCUAAUGUCGCUAACACAUUUGCGUGGUUUUCAUAAGCCCAAUGCCUUAAGCAUUUUAGUGCAUUGCAUUAUGUAUAACAACUGGAAUAUCACGAAAUCGAGGUUACUUUGUGUCGUAAACUCUGUGGUGUUGUGACGACAACAACUUAUUAUAUGACAUCAUUAUUUCAAAGUGACAAAAUAUUUUAUUGUGUCUUGCGUAUCGGCACGCAUAAUUGUAUUAUGAUUUGAAGUGAUAUCAGAAAAGGUUACUGAUGUCAGUAUGUUAUGUUGACGUGGCAUUUUUGCUAACGUAACUAUUUAUAGUAACGUCCUACAUGUUAUAGCGUUACAAUUGUGAGAUAUCGUCAUUAACUGACGUCAUGAAGUGGACGACACGCCUGCAGUAUCUGUGAUUUUGUGUUAAGUGCUGAAGCUUUACAGGGAGAGUGUUUUGUUGAUGUAAAUACUGUAUAUUUUGAUGAUGUUAAUAAAAUCGACAACGACACAAA